CUAACUUUAUAAACUUACCAUUCCAUUCAGAUCCGAUGGUCAAACGCGCUGCUGAGAAAGAGCUGACUGAUAGGAAUUGGCAGGACCGAGAGGAUGGUGAAGUGCUUGAGGAGGGCCCCAUGAAGGUAGCGGCCCCUCAGGUUAUCGAGAGGCGUCAGAUCAAACGUCUUCCCAAAGCCAAGGCUGCUGCUUCUUCACCCUCGAUCUCUCCUGCGCCUUCAGCUUCAGCCUUCGGUUCUAGCGCCACUCGUAAUCCAUUUGCAACCUUGAACCCCCCCACCUCUUCGAGUCCAUUCAGUUUUGAUAGCACUGCUCCAGCUAACAAGGCUUCAAGUCUGUUCGGCAAUACUCCUCCUACUACCACCAGCUUGUUCGGUAGUUCGUCGACCCCGUCUACAUCCUUAUUUGGCGCAAAAAAUGUUCAUAACUCCACUACCGAGUCUUCAAGCACCGGAACGAAUCCGAGCAGCUUAUUCAAUAAUUCCAACACCUCCAUCUUCGGAUCAAAGCUCGAUAAUCAAAUCUCAACUCCAAGCGUCAAGCCAUCGACUCAGGCGCUCACCACCUACUACGCCGCAUUACGCGGUCUUAAUUUAUCGGCAGUCUCUGCCCUAGAGCGAGUGAACAAUGCCGAUGCAUUUGAGAAUCUCGAUCAGGUUCUCGAGCGACUCAGAAUUGCUUACAACAAGCAACGAGAAACCAUUGUCAAAGAUUUCGAAGCUCAGGGUGGCAGUCCAGCCGACUCGAAUAGCACUAAGAAUACAAAGACCUCUAAUGAAGCCAGCAAUAAGAAUACACAAAGCUCGGUCUUCUCCGUUUCAAAUCUGUUUACUAAUCAGCCCCCACCUCCUAAAGACUCCGAUAUAGACCCAACACGUGAAGAAGUGCCCAAAGUGGGCCAAUCCAGCCAAAGCUUGUCAACAAAUUCAUCUGGCGUGAAAAAGGUUGAAGUUAGCACUAGUACCGGAGCUGCCGCUAGUCAUAAGGCGAGCUCAAGACCAGGUGCAUUUUCUACGGCUGCACCGGCUCGCCCAUCCCCUCUUCGCUACGAGACGGAACAAGACGUAUCUGAUCCGCAAUCAUCUGUCAACAAAGAAGUCCCAACUGAACCUAAACAGACAUUUACACCCUCUUUUGCAACAACCUCUGCUGCUCCGUCCAGUUCACUUUUUAGCUUCAAACCCCAAGGCGAUGUCGGAUCUGUGACCACCACCAAGAGUGACCCCACUCUCCCCACAACGACAUCUUUUUCUGCAAGCUCAGCCUUCUCCACUUCCAACAGUUCACUUUCCGCAUUUGGUGGCCAAUCUACUCUAUCAAAUCCCUCGACCAGCCAUACCUCUCUCUUUGGCUCCGCGCCUACUAAUCCUCUAGCUGCCACACCUGCGAAACCAUCCUUUGAAUUCGGGCGUGGUAUGUCAGGAAGUCCAGGUAGCAAUCCUGUCGGUUUCAGCGGGUUCGGUUCCGCUAAGCUCUCACAGCUCACUCCACCCAAAUCAACUGGCUUCAAUCCGGUCGGCUUCUCAUUUGGAGCAACAGUCAGUCCACCAGUAUCGACCACAAAAGACGAAUCACCCAAGCCCGUUGCUGCUGUAUCUGUGGCAUCCAAUGACUCUUUACCAGCUUCAAAAGCGUCUGAUGGAGUGACAACAGAAAGUGGAGGAUCGACAGAAAGUGGUUCUUUUGCUGAUUCAGCAACUGAUAAAAAUGAAGAAGCAGAAGAUACUUUGUUAGAGACCUCCGGUCGAGUCUAUGGUUUCAUUGAUAAGCGUCAAGAAGAUGGAAGUAUGAAGAAGCAAUGGGUAGGUUUUGCAAUGUCUACCAUCAAAAUUAAUAAACAUCGUGAAACGUCGAAGACUCGUAUACUGGCUCGUAGUCAGACUAACACUAAAAUUCUUGUGAAUUUCAACAUUCAUAAAGAAUUAAAACCUACGGUUAAUAAAACGGCAAUCACGUUCGUAGGAUUCGAAGGUUCUAAACCUCAAUCUUAUAUGAUUAGAUUAGGAACCGAACAGAUGGCAAAAGAAUUAAACAACAAGAUCAGCGAGGUAGUAGAAGGACUUUAA